AUGAUAGUUAAUGAAACAAUGGCAAAAGAAUGCAUUUUUGAAAAAUCAGUUGCUUUUUACAAAAUUAACUUUAUUAUGGAAUUAAAUUUAGCGCAAGGAGAACCACCACUUUUAAAGAAUAAAAUACUAAAGUUUGAAGACAAAUUUGAACUAGAAACUUCUGCACAACUAGAAAAUCCUAUGGUUGUUGAGGAAUUAAAUUUAAUGUUAGGAAAACCACUUUUAAAGAAAAAGCCACUAAAGUUUGAAAGUGAAAAGGAGAUGACCAUGUCAUCAUUUUAUCCAUUAAUAUUUUUUAAAAAAGAAAUCAAACUUUAUAAAAAUGAAGCUGGCAAUAAAGG